AUGAUUGGUACCCGGACCUGUCUAGCUUUCACGCUCAUUUGUCUAGUCUACUUUGUCGCGCAACUAGUAUCCGACAAAUACUCAUUCAUCCCUUCAGUAAAGGCAGAUUGGACCGAAGGCUCGCGAAUACCCGGAAUUAAAUGGGGUGAAGCUAGAGCAAAUGAUUAUCCCGAUGACACGCCCCCCGAAUCAUACAAGAAGCCACCAGCUGAGUCGCAUCCUACAACAGAACCUGAUACCGAGAGCCAUCAUUCCGGCUCCUCUGAAGGUGACGUGGACCAGGAAGAGGAGGAUAAAGGAAACGACGAAGAUAUCGACGGCGAGAACGACAAUGACGCUACGUUGUCCUUACACAAGUGGCUCAUGAAGAGGGGGUUGAUGCCAGGCAAGGCAGUGCCAAUUGUAACGAUUGCGGACUCGUCAUAUCUUCACGUCUUGCAUGCGACGCAGCAACGCCUAGGAAAGUGGGGAUAUGAUCGUGACCUCGUCGUCUUGUGCUUAGAUGAAGCGUGCGCCAAGGAUCCUGAGCUCCUGAACCCCUACCCGGGAUAUCUGCUGGGCGAUGACGCGGCGAUGCACGCCGUGGCGCUGUUCAAGUUCAUGGCCAACCUGAAUCUUUCCGAGAACGGAUAUGACUUCGUUUUCCUUGACGCCGACGUCUUCUUCACCGGCUCCCGCGACCCAUUCAGCGCGAUGCUUCCCCUGUCGAACAAGACAUGGGAUCUUCAAUUUCAGUCCGACAAUGCGCCAAAUGAGCUCAACAUCGGCUGGUAUUUUGCACGGCCAACGCCUGCUACGCAAAUGUUCUUCCGGUUGAGCUUUGCACACUGGAUACAGACCAGAACGGAUAAGUGGGAUCAGCUCGUGAUGAACAACGUAAAAGAUGGCAUACUAGACAAUCAAGCCAAACUCGCCGCAGAGAUCGCCGCAGGCACGAAUGAAACAAGCACAUCACGCAUACCGCCGCUCCGCAUACACAUGGUCGAGCUGAAGUACUUCAGGAACUUCAUGAAGGAGCUGUGGAGCCCGGACCUCUUCGGCAACCAGACGGCCACCGACGAGUACAUAGACACGGCGGCCGCGAUCCACUACACCUGCGUCCAGCACGACCUCAAGGAGUACUUCGGGCUGUACUACAGCGGCUUCGGCGACCUCCACGGCUACUACAGCGAGCCCCCGCCGCUGCUGCGGCCCGUCGAGAUCAGCGGCACGUCCGACGCGGUGCAAAAGCAGGUCGCGUUCGCCCUGGCGCUGGGGAGGAAGACCAACCGCACGGUCGCCUGGCCGGACUCGGUCAACGUGUUCCAGCGCUGGGGAGACGGGACGUACCACUUCCUGCCGCGGCUGCCCAGCGUCAAGGCCGUCAGCUGGCCGUCUGCAAAGGGCGCCAACUAUUCAGUCGUCGAGGGGCAGUACCUGCAGAAUCGCGUGCGCAACGGGUUGGAACCGCUGACGGAGGUCCACUGGAGCCUCAAGGAACAUGUUGACCAGGCGAGCAGCGAUCCCUGGUUGGAUUCCUUGGCGGAGAGCUUGGUCGCUGAGGAUGGCUUCCCCGUCGUUAGCUUGGACUUUACCGAUGUGGGAACGGAAUGGAGCCCGUUGAUGGAUCUCGCCGUGAGAGACAAGCCAGGAUAUGACGAGUUGGUACAGGAGGCUGAGGCAAAGUUCUACGCGGUCUUUAAGGAGUCGGGUAUGGAGGAAUUUUCCGCAUCACCAUUGGCAGACUUGGGCAAAUGCCGUUGGGUUGAUGGCGGAGAUGGAUGCUUGCUUAACUGUUGA